AUGUCGUUCCAAAACGAGACAGCUAGCUCGACUGCGCAAAGUUCUGCAAACCAUGCCGCAUCUACCGGUCAGACCUGGCCUGAUUAUAGUGCAGCUUAUGCUGCCUACUACCAGAAUCAAGCAUCGGCUUACGGACAGUUCGCUGUAGGAACAAAUGCACAAAACGGUCCGGAAAACCCCUACACUGGUUAUGGCACAAAUGUCCCUUACAAUGCCUACCCACAUGCGCAAUCAAUGUACCCGCCUGCUGAUAAAGGAAGCUCUGCUGCUAAUGCGCCCGUAAAUAUAUCCAGCUCGGAUGAGGGAAAGUCAUCAAAGGAUAGUUCAACGCCUCAAAUGGGUUCUCAGCCAUUUUAUGCAAAUCCACAAUCGUCAUACAACAGUGCAGCAGCUCCUCCGAAUUACUACAACUAUAACCCAAUGCCUCCCGCUCCUUAUGGUGAUCCCAAUUAUGCGCCCCCACCACCACCACAGCAGUUUGUGCCACCUAGUCCGUACCAAAAUCAAUAUAACAAUCCACGUCCUAAUGUACCUCACAAUCAAGGACCUCAUAAUAGUGGAUUUUACAAUAGUCGACCGCCUGUCAGGCCAUACAAUAGAGGCGGACCAAAUCAGCCUCCAGCCUGGACUAACGAUGCUGGGACAAUUAAAGUUGAAGGAUUUCCCACUGAUGUUACCCUGGAUGAGCUCAGAAAUACUUUCAAUGUGGGAGCAUUGAAGAAAGACAAUUAUUCCGGCUUUGACCAGAUAUGCGUUUCUCCUGAUCGACAGUGUGCUUUUCUUACCUUCGAAGAUCCGAGUGUUGCUGAAGCUGCAGUUGUCAUGCUUAAUGAGUCAAAUAUCAGAGGACAAAAAAUUGCAGUGCAAAUUUACGAUGGUAACUAUCAUAACCAAGGAUUUAAGAGACGCAUGGAUGACAACCAUCACGGUGAUUCGAACUACCAAAGUAAUUACGAUAAGCGGCCACGUUUCGAGUACAAUAACAACAGAGGUGGAGGACAUUUUCAAAACAAUUUCAGAGACAGAGGUCCAAAUUGGCCCUGUAUUGCAUGUAAUGCUAGUAAUCAUGGCCAUCGUUGGAAUUGUUACAAGUGUCGGGCGCCGAAGCCCGAUCUAGAAAAAAAUGGAUCGAGCGGUGGAGCCGGAAUGGGCGGUGACCCCAAUUUCCCUUCGACUCACAACCGAACAGCUGAUGACUGGAUAUGCUCCAGCUGCAACAAUCACAACUUCGCAAAGCGACUUGUGUGUAAUAGAUGCAAACUUCCCAAGCCCCCAAAUCCAACUUUGGCGCCCAUGUCAGGUGCAAAUAACACUCCAAUUGGGGUGAAGACCGCAACUCCGACACCACAGUUUUCCUCGCCAGUCAAUCCCACAGCCAGUGUCACGUGGACCUGUGCUCCUUGUGGUACUAGCAAUGAGUUGGUCAAAUUAAUUUGUGUCAAGUGCCAGAACCCGAAACCUGGUAUUCCUCAGAAAACUCUGGAGGUGUUGAACAAGUUGAAUGCUCUAGGCAAGAGCAGCUCGGACCAACCUUCCAAUGGGCAAUCUGCAGGAUCACGAUGGGGAGAGAAAUAG